GUGACGCCAUGAGGGCGGAAGUUCCCCCCGCCCCGGCGCUCCCGCUCGCUCGGUCACUGGGGCUGCGCUGAGCCGUUCAUGGAAGAGAUGUCGGGAGAAAGUGUGGUGAGCUCAGCAGUGCCGGCGGCUGCAACGCGCACGACCUCCUUCAAAGGGACGAGUCCGAGCUCCAAGUAUGUCAAGCUGAACAUUGGCGGUGCUCUCUACUACACCACCAUGCAGACCCUGACCAAGCAGGACACCAUGCUCAAGGCCAUGUUCAGUGGCCGAAUGGAAGUCCUCACGGACAGCGAAGGCUGGAUCCUGAUCGACCGCUGUGGGAAACAUUUUGGGACAAUACUGAACUACCUGCGCGACGGGGCUGUGCCGCUCCCCGAGAGCCGCAGGGAGAUAGAAGAGUUGUUGGCUGAAGCGAAGUACUACCUGGUCCAGGGGCUGGUGGACGAGUGCCAAGCUGCCUUGCAGCAGAACAAAGAUGCAUAUGAACCAUUCUGCAAGGUACCAGUCAUCACGUCUUCCAAAGAAGAGCAAAAACUUAUCGCCACUUCUAACAAGCCAGCAGUGAAGUUGCUAUAUAACAGAAGCAACAACAAAUAUUCCUACACCAGCAACUCUGACGACAACAUGCUGAAGAACAUCGAGCUGUUCGAUAAGCUGUCCUUGAGGUUUAACGGGAGAGUGCUCUUUAUAAAAGAUGUGAUUGGAGAUGAGAUCUGCUGCUGGUCUUUUUACGGGCAGGGGCGGAAGAUUGCUGAAGUCUGUUGCACUUCCAUUGUUUAUGCUACUGAGAAAAAACAGACAAAGGUGGAGUUCCCAGAAGCCCGCAUUUACGAGGAGACACUGAACAUUCUGCUGUACGAGUCCCAGGACGGGAGGGGACCCGACAACGCGCUCUUGGAAGCCACGGGAGGGGCGGCUGGCCGCUCCCAUCACUUGGAUGAAGACGAGGAGCGAGAGCGCAUCGAACGCGUGCGAAGAAUUCACAUUAAACGUCCGGACGACAGGGCCCAUCUGCACCAGUGAGCUGAGCGACAGACUGCGCGGCGUGGCCUGCACGGUGCUGCCCUUCGCCCGCUCGGUAUCUGCGGCGGAGCACCAGGCGGUUUAACUUCUGCUCAGCAAAGUCUGUAAAUUACGUUUUGUAACAAACUAGAUUAUUUGGGGUAUUUAAAUGCAGUAGUUCUAGGACAAGAAUAAAUAAGGUUACUGGGCAUGCGAUAGAUACUGUAAGGACCUAUUGAGCAUCAGGAGGAAUGCCCUGAAUUUUUAGCACUCUUCGCUAUUUUGUGGCUAGAGAGGAAGAGGGCUGGCUUCCUUUGGCUUUAGUGAUUUUUCUGCACUUUAAAAACAAAACCAGACAAAAGGUCAGUCAGCCAGACCUCUUCCCUCCGGGCACCCCCUGACCCUGUCCCCCCCUGGGUGUUCAGGCGGGGGAGAGGUGCAGUGAUCCAAACACCGGAGCCGCUGUGGAGCUCCCUUUCUCCCAGGCCUGCAGGCGGUGGGGUUGGUAGCUCAGAAGUGCCUCGGCACGACUCUCAGAAGGAGAAAUGACACGUGUUGGCUCAAUUCCUGUAGUGCCGGGGGGCAGAGGGAGCCCCCGGGAGCAGGGGGAGCUGCUUGGGCUCGGCUGGCUGUGGCUCCCUGCAGCUCCUCCAGGGGUUCUGUGGAGCUGCUGCAGCCCUGAACGGUGGAGACCCCCUCUCUGAGCUUUACUCGUGCAGUUUGAGGGUGGAUGAUGUUAAAAUUCUUCCAAAAGGAGGAUCCAGGAGCAAAUUGUACGUGAUUACUUUUCCUUAGGGUGGUGGUGCUGCCGCUUAGAACUUCCGCCCGGCGCCGGGUCUCAGCUGGGGAGUUUGUUUCCGCAGACAGCAGGGCAGUAAGCUGCGUGUUCUCUACUACAGGUAAAGCACUACUCAUCGCAGGCUCAAACGCUCCCUGCCAGCCCGAGUUCAGUUCUGUAACUGAUACUGGAGCAUCGUCUUGCUUUGAGCGAGGGCAGCGCGAGUACCCUGGGGAGGAGGAGUAGACAGGGGCCCAGAGGCCGUUAGUCCUCAUUCGACUUUAUCCUGAGCAUAUCCCAAGCCUUUUCAGAAACGGCAGCUGUGUGUGAAAGGGCAGAGCUAAAAUGUUGUGUAGAGAAGACCUCCGUAGUCUAGUUUUCUAAGCGUCCUUUUCUAUUAUGAAUGAAUAUUUUAUCUACCUCCUCGUCUCUUGUUGCCUAUUGUGGAGUCAAGUAACAAUUACAGUGGAAGAUCGUGUGUUAUGCAGUAGGACCAGGUGCUAAAGGGUAAUGAGCAGAGCCACCGCUGUAAGGGUUAAUGUAACAAAUCCUGACAGGGAGAGAAACCUGAUGUAGGAAGUCUUAAACUUGCGCUUGGCAGACACCGGAGUACUUUGACCUAUUCUAGAGUUUUUUUGACCCUUCAUCUGGAAUAUCUAGCGCUGGCCUUGAUGGCCGGACCGCUCGGACGGAGCAGCAGCUCCAUGUGCCUGUUCCUCAGCGAGAUGGGCAUUUGCUUUUGCCCAGCUUCCUGCUGCAAGGAUUCCUACUCCUGGCUCAGGGCUGUUAAUGUUAACAGUUUAAAACCAAAGGUGUUGCCAGCAUCACCAGCUGCGUUACUCUGCUUUCUAUUUCAUACAGUAGUUACACCCCAAACUAUGUCUAGCUUGUCUGCAGAGGCUAAAAUACAGCAUUAAGCAUUUGCUCAGUGGUACAAUUUUGGAUCAUCAAGUAAAGAUUUUAAAGUUAGGCUGAGGUCAUCUUUCUAGUAACCAAAGCCUUUUCUAACUUCCAGACAGCUGCUCUCUGUGGCAGAUGGGGUUGUUGUACCUGUCUCCUCUACUCUUUCUUCUUCAGCUACCGAUUUAUAAGCAAGAGCUCAACAGUAAAUAGUUAUCCUGUAGUUCAGCAGCUUCAGCUACGUCCUGACAGUUACGGGCUUCUAGUUUAAGCAGUGCUUACACCUGUUUGCAACACGCUUAGGGGUUGUAGAAGUCCACAGUGCAGAUUGCUGUUGUGAAGGAGGCCGUGCCUCUCCCUUCUUCCCGUCCGUCCGUGAUAAGCUGGGGAGUGUGGGAGGCAAGGCCUCUGCCAUGCGCUGUUUCUCCCGCCCUGUGUACUUUGACACUUACGGGGCUGUUUGAGCACCCGGAACAGAGCUACUGCCCUUGAAGGGGUCUGGACUCGGCGCUGGGUGAAGCCCUUCGGUCCAGCCUCAGCAGCGCUCAGCUGCCCUCUGUCCCCACACAGCACCGGGGAGACUCCCGCAACCCCCCCCGGCUGCUCCCACAAAAUCCAGUCCCAGCCUGGGGGUGGGGGUGGGCAGGAGCAGGCUCAGCUCCGGGAGGUGACACGCGGUGACAGCAGUGCGACGCAGCAGGCCCAGCUCAGCGGUGUGAUUAACCUCUCUGUAAAUAGAUUCUUAACCGGCUUCAGAAUUUCCUCGUUCAGGUUUUUGCAAACUCAAGUCCUUGAAAAACAGCAAAUGGUUAUUUUUAAUCUUUGUACAGCGGUUUCUAUAGCUCUUGGUUUAGUAAGGCACUCCAGGAGAGUUUGAGCAAGUUUCAGUUUUGUUACUCUGCCCUUAGGCCUUCCUGACAUCCCUCUGUGUGCUGUAGGUGUGUUAUAGAGAUGUACUGCUGUUGUGUUAGAAUGACCUUUACCUGCUGGCUCCUUGUCCUGGCUCUGUGGUGAGACGCUCUGUUAAUGCCCUUGCACCAAUGUCCUCAAGCUCUUGAGCCUUUUUACAGUAACUGGUUUUGCCUCUCCAGCUCCCAGGUGAAGGCCGGGUCUGGUGCAGCUCCUGAGGUUUUCUAGUACUGCUGCCUCUUACCAGGGAGCACAGACCUGGCUGCCUCAAUUCUCCAGCACCCCACAACCACCACUAACAGUGACAGGACUGCAGCUGGGGCUGACUCCAAUCUUGUAGAAGUGAUUUGGCCCAUCAGCAGACUGCAGCAAAGCUGGACUAAAACCUGGAGCUUGUAACCCAGCUCAGGCUGCGGGGUAGAGGCAGGAGUGACCCCAGGCUCCCUGCCAGGGCCUUUACUCCCCCUCUCUCCAAGCGGCUGCUCCUGGAUUUCCAGAGGGCAGGUUGGGGCCCCCCCAGGCUCUGCUGCUGCUGGCCAGCCCCUGGUGAGAGCCCUGGGGAAGGCUCCAAGCUCCUGCCUCACCUCAGAGCAAAGGUGAGGCAGAACCUUUCAGGCUUAAGGGAGUUGUUCCAUUUCCUGGACAGGAACAGGAAAUUUAUCUGUUCUGUACAAUCAUUCCCUCCCACUUUGUACUUAUGCACAAAAAAAGCUUAAGCUGGAUUUCAGUGUAUGGUUGAUGUUUGCAAUAUGUACUUUUUUUUUUUUUUUUAAAUAUAACACAAUAAAUUAGAUAUUUCA